CCAUGGAGCAAGAUCUAAAGACGCUCGUGGAAGUCUAUUCGAGUCGAAGCAAACGAGUCAAUCAGAUCAAUUGAGAUGAACCUCGUGGCACAUCUCGGACAAGGCGGCCUGUCACUUGGUUGAUAUCUGUUCUCUCAUCCAUUCAUAUCAGUUCUCUAGAGCGAGUCGUAUAUCGACCGCCGGCCCGCCAUGUCCAUGCUCAAGUUCCUCUCUCGCUCCCUGACUCAAGGAUCAGGGAGCUCAUCUUCAGCUCCUUUGAGGCGAUCCGUCUCGACCAAUGGUAUCAAACUGUAUCUACGCGUCCCAAGUUAUGGCUCUGUCUUUAUGCCGUUCCCAGAUCCAACAUCUGAGCCAGAUGCGCCACGACAAGAUAUGGAACUUUCGGGUGAUCUGGAAAUCGAAUUACCCUCUGGUUUCGGAGCAGUGAGAUGCAAGUCCAUCCGCGUCGGUCUCAGAACGACCUGCAAGCUCGAUAUGGGUGUGGGCAGAGGCGUAGAGGAGGAUACCUUGUGGACUGGCAAGGCAGAGCUGAUGGGAUCGACCUCGGAUGGUAUCAUCCUGGAAGAGGGUCUGCAAAGGUUCGCUUUUACUAUCAUCAUCCCUGGUAACCUUGCAGCUCAAGAUUUCGCUCCAGGACAUCGAGUGGACAAUACCCUGUUUGCUGAAAUCGAAGGCAUUCAGGAUCCCAGGUCGUUGUUUGCUUGGAACCGAAGAAGUAGCACGCUUUCCUCCUCAUCUUCCGUGACGCCGCGGUCGGCAGGCACACGAUCUCCCUCUCCGCUCUAUUCACCUAACAUGUCUCCCUCGCCGUCAUUGACCAUCUUGCGCCAAGAGACAAUGCUACCUCAACCUCCCGCAUACAACCUAGACGAUUUACCUCGAUCAUCGUCAGCGUUUACCCACGAUGAGAACGAGAUACCUUGGCUCACCGGUGUUCACUCGAUCACUCGAGAGUUGAUUUUGCUCUACAAUCCGGACCCUACUGGAGGAGUCAACUCUCUGGACGCCAGAGUUGACGGUGAUGUCCCAGGGCUUGGCCCAUAUGUCCUGAACUUUGCAGCCGGCGAAUGGUGCAUUUACGCUCUUCUCAAAGCUACCGUGAAUCUUUUGGCGCCAUCCCCAGAAUCCACAAUCUACCACGUCAGAGUUUCGCUUCAUCAAAAGGCUGAAAUCACUUCACCGAGAGACGGGGCCGAAGUGACCGUCGAGCGCCUUUUCCCCAUCACCGCUGAAGGUGUUCCUCCGGACCUGAAACGGAAGGUUCAAAAGGCGGAUCAGCCUGCUAUUUGGCGUGGUGUCCAAGCUGGAGGUCAGGAUGACUGGGAAUUGCGACUAGAUGGUCAAGGUCGACUGCCGAACGAUUAUCAUGGUCGUCCUACGACUCUGGAGGGAGUGGAGACUCCAAUCCGUGUCUCUCACGCCCUCAGAACAGAGGUUUGGUUCUCUGUCCGGGGCGAAGAUGCGAAUGGCCGAUCCUUUGGGAAAGAUGUUCCCGGAGAACUUCGGAUUCUUCGCGUCGAAAAGCCUGUGAUCGUGCCGUCGUGCUUCUUGAUCCCCGAAGUGUUGGACCUUCCUAUCUACGGCUCACAUCGACUUGGAUGUUUCUUAGCGGCCGACGGUCAGUCUGAUAUUGAAUCCGACUGUUGCCCAUUGUGCAAAACUCCAGCGAAAGAUCAAUUCUGCCAGACGUGUCCGCCAACUUCGAUCCCACACCCGAGACAUGAUCAUCCGAAGAAAUUGGUCGGUACGAGUGAUGGCACAUGCCCUUCAUGUACUUAUCGCAGUGUUCCUGCAGGCGGAGGUGCGGAAUGGAGAGCAUGCGCUUGUGGUUUGCUGCGAGAGGACAUUAUCUCCCGUAUGAAACGAGUCACAUUGGAUGAGAGAGAGCUUGAAGUAGAGGAAGAACAAGUACAAGGCAGGAGGUGGAGGGCAGAAAAGGUCGAAGCUGAGCGUGGCAGAUCAACGGAGACCAGGGGCUUGGAACUGAACUCAGUGGAGACUUGAGCGGGAUAUAUUGGGUCCGAGGUAGACGAGGUGGACGAGCAUGUCAGAGUUGUAGUUCCGAGAUUCAUAUCGUUGUUGUGAAUGUUGUAGUCCCUACGGUUGUCUCCUUGUUCAUGUCGACUUUCCCGAUGCAAUGCGUUAGCAACGUUA